AAAUUUUGAAUCCUUCACUGAAAACUUAAGAAAACGGUAAAACCAAAACGUGAAAUGCUUGUUUUUGGUUAGGGAAGAUGUGAAAUGUUGAUGAUAACCAGGGAGGUUGUCAUAUUUCUCCUCUUCAUCCGGUUUGGUCUUUCUAUUCCCGGUUCAAAUUGUUUUUCUAUUAACCCGUUUAUCGGUUUACGUAUGGUUGUGAAUAUUGUGAUAAGUUUCACACUUUCACAUAGUCUGGCUCACUUCAUUCCAAACCAAACCUCAAUUUAAACGGUCUGGAUAUAAACCAUAUAUAUUCCAAUCAAUUUCGAAUUACAAACCGAUUUUUCGAACUCAGACCGAACCAAUAUGAUAAUGAUCCCACGACGUGCGUAGCCGUUGAUUUCGUUUUCAAGACUCCAAGUAAAAACAAGUUUAUAAAUAACAAGAAUCAUAGAUCAUCCAUUAAUCAAAAUGUAAGCUCAAACCAUUUUUCUGUAUCUUGUAAUCGUUUUUCUAUCUCUACACUUCGUGUUUGCAACUCUUAAACAACGACUAAGUCCCGCGAUUACGCGGCGGCUUAUCCGUCUCCUCCACCGCCGUAACAAAUUUCCGGCAGCCGCCUCUGUUUUCCUCCGAAAAGACGCCCGUGAGUUUCUUGAUUCAUCAACCCAAAUAGAAAACAAAGAAGACGAUUUCGGUUUCAAACCGUACAUGAUCAGGAAAGCAGAGACAAUAAACAGAGCACUAGACAAAGCCAUUCCACUCAUUGAGCCUCUCAACAUCUACAAGGCAAUGCGUUACACGAUUUUCGCAGGCGGAAAACGCGUUAGGCCAAUACUCUGCCUCGCCGCUUGCGAGCUAGUGGGCGGGGGAGAGCGUUCAGCGAUUCCAGCGGCUUGUUCGGUUGAAAUGAUUCAUACAAUGUCACUAAUCAAAGACGAUCUUCCUUGUAUGGACAACGACGAUCUCCGACGAGGUAAACCAACAACACACAAAGUAUUCGGAGAAAGUGUAGCUAUUCUCUCCGGCGGCGCACUUUUAGCUCUAGCUUUCGAGCAUUUGACGGAAGCUGACGUGUCUUCCAAGAAAAUGGUUCGAGUCGUUAAAGAAUUGGCUAAGUCUAUUGGAACAAAAGGACUUGUGGCGGGACAAGCGAUGGAUUUAAGCAGUGAAGGGCUGGAUCCAAACGACUUCAGAUUAGAGGAUCUUGAAUAUAUUCACGUUCAUAAAACAGGUGCGUUGCUUGAAGCAUCAGCGGUUAUCGGAGCGGUUAUUGGCGGUGGAUCAGAGGAAGAGAUAGAGAAGGUGAGAAGCUUUGCGAGGUGUAUUGGAUUGUUGUUUCAGGUGGUUGAUGAUAUCUUGGAUGAGACCAAGUCCUCGGAGGAAUUGGGAAAAACCGCCGGAAAAGAUAAGGUCGCCGGAAAGCUAACGUAUCCGAGAGUGAUUGGUCUUGAGAAAUCUAAGGAGUUUGUGAAAAAGUUGAAUAGAGAUGCGAGAGAACAUCUUCAAGGGUUUGAUGAGGACAAAGUGAAACCUUUGAUUGCUCUUACUAACUUCAUUGCCAACAGAAACAACUGAAGAUGUUAUAUAAUGUAAUCAAAAUAUAUAGUAACAGUGGAAUAUGAAUGUGACCAACACAAAAUAUGUAUGUUUUUUUAAUUUUCUUGCUUGUAGUUUGAAUGCUAUGUGUUGUUUUGUACUGUGUUCUGAUUUCCAUUGUGCUUAGUAGCCAAAAUAAUUUCAGGUUUGAUUUGUCCUUUUAUUUUAUUGAAUGAUAUAUCUACUUCUACUUCUUCGAAUAGAGAAAUACUGGAUGGGUCAUGGUUGGUAGCUCCCAUAUCUUCGGGACACACCAGUGUCCGAUAAUGUAUAUAUCCCACACCUACACAAAUAUAGACGUUAGUUUCCUAAAAACAUAAUUUGUUAUUUCUUGUAUCAUUAGAAUCUCUACUCACUUUUAGCGAGUAAGAAAGGGCAGUCCGCGGAGAAUGAAACCGAGAAAACCAUUCCCUGUUUGAUAUCAAAGUUUGUAAAAUGGUGAACAAAGAAACCAAAGAGAAACAUGUGGGAGCAAAAUUAAAUACGUACACUUUUUAUUCAUGGCUCUUACAGCAUUUGGAAUGUACACAUGUGUGCAGCAAUCCAUGAAGGUUGAUUGUUUGAAAGAUCCCAAAGUUUCACACUUAUACAUCCGCAGAUCCUGUAGCCAAAAGCUGCACAUCUCGGAGAAUGACUUAAAAUGCUAGGAAUAUGCACAUAUACUCGUUUCGCUUUCCAUGUAUGUACUUACAUUGGGGGCAUAUAUGUUGUAUGAGAUGGAGGAGACUUCACCAUUAUUAGCAUGGAGAGUAAAACUUGGUGAUAAAUCAGCAGCACGUAUAUCAAUGCCCUUCACAGUUCCAUCUUUAAGACUCGCCUUACAUAUGGAAGAAGAGAUUAGUAUUCGUCUUAUGCCUAAUGUAAUCUAGAAAUUUGGUUUAAUUCGGUUUAAUUAGUAUUAUUAAUUAGUAUUUGAUUGAUUGUUUCGUUAAUCAGAAACAACCGAACUUAUUUUAAAAAGAUGCCGAUUAGUUCACUCCUACUAAUCAACCGGUUAACCGAACCCCAGAUCUCGGUUCGAAUUGGUUCGGAAAAACGGUUUGGUUAAUAAUCUCACACCUAGAACCAUAUGAUUAAUCAACGCAUGUAGUUUAAAACAUAUUCGAAUCUAGAAAUAAGCAUUAAUCAACGCAUGUAUGGUUAGCUGAUGAUAGAUUGUUUUUUUUUUUUGUUGGUAAAAUGUUAAGUAUGGUAAUAGAUUGUUUUUCUUAGUGGAGAUUGAAAUCUAUCCUACUAACAUAAACCGAAUAAAUAUGACAAGAGUCCGCGAAGAGACUUGCAUUCGUUGACUUUGCUUCAUAAUAGAAAACAUCCUAAAUAUGUUCUAAUAUUUAAAAAACAGGUUCAACGUUACGACACCAUGCGUCGAUCACGUUGAUAUCCAAUAUCAUAAAUCUUUAAAUCCUCCACUGAAACUUGAGAAAACGAUUAUAUAAAAAUAAACCACAUGAAAACAAAACCAAAAUGUGAAAAAUUGAUGAAAACUAGGGAGGUUGUCUUGUUUAUCCGCUUCAUUUGCAAUGAAGAUACCAUCAGCUCUAGAAUCGAAAGAGAAAGAUUAAGAAGACAAAGUUUAAGAAUUACUCUCUUAUUAAGCUUUAGAAAACUAACUCAAAAACUAAAGCACACAAUAUCUCUCAAUCUCAAAUCUCUCACAACUCAUGGGGUUACCACACCUUGGUACCUCUAUUUAUAUAAAACUCUCAAGACCUAAUCCUAACUCAAUUAGGAC